AUGCUUUGCCCAAAAAAAAAAGUCUCCCGCACCGUCGCCACAGAUCAAACCCCAAACCCCUCUUCCCCGCCCCCGACGCGCCGACACCGGACGCCGCAGCUCCUCCAGGAGCCGCCCGUCGACGGGGAGGCGCUGAGCCGGCGCUCCACUAGCCGAACCCAAGGUAACGAGCCCUCCCUCCUCCCUCCCAAACCUAGCCCGGCCUCUCCGAUUCGACCCACAUUGGGCGGGUGCCAACUAAUUCCUCCCCGCUCUUCCGCGACCCGAGCUGCAGCCAUGGAGAGCCCGGGCGGUGGCGCCGAGGCGCGCGCGCGCUCGAGGCAGUACGACUACGGCGCCAACUCCAACCUCGUCGUCAACACCGGCUCGCGCCCCCGCGACGCGCACCACGAGCCCACCGGCGAGCCGCAGACGCUCAGCGGCAGGAUCCGCGCGAGGAGCUUCGGCGACCGCGCCGUCCGGACCAGGCCUCCCGGGCUAGAGGAGAAGCGAGGCAGGUCCCGCGGGAAGAAGGCGCGCGACGCGGCCUCCGCCGACCUCCCCCACCGGGACGCCAAGCGCAUGCGCCGCGGCUCCGUGCGGCCAGAGGACAGCGUGCUCUCGCUCGCCCACGACGCCCUCUACAUGCCCCGGACCAGGGAGACGCGCACCGCCUACGAGGCGCUGCUCAGCGUCAUCCAGCGGCAGCUCGGCGGGCAGCCCCUCGACGUGCUUGCGGAUGCCGCGGACGAGGUGCUUGCCGCUCUCAAGGACGACAGGGUCUGGAACCCUGACAAGAAGAAGGUGAUACAGAAGCUCAUCAACCCUGUCUCGGAUCAGAUGUUCGGCCAGCUCGUCUCCAUUGGGAAGCUCAUCACGGAUUUCCAUGAUGCGGCCGGCGAUUCUGCCGGUGUGCCUUCUGCUGAUGGCACAGACAUGCCACUCGAUGAUGAUAUUGGCAUUACUGUUGAGUUCGAAGAUGAUGAGGAUGAGGAGAGUAACAUUUAUCAGGUGCAAGAUGAGCUGGAUGAUGAGAAUGAAGAUGACCUUGUCGAGUUGAACGUUCCUGGAACUAUGCAAACGGAUGGUGAGUUGUAUGACGAUGAUAUGCAGAGCUGCAACAAGGGUCUGACUUUAGACGUGCAAGAUAUUGAUGCUUACUGGCUUCAGAGGAAGAUAUCACAAGCAUAUGAAAAUAUUGACCCCCAGCAUAGCCAGAAGCUUGCCGAGGAGAUCUUGAAGGUGAUCGCCGAGGGUGAUGACAGAGAUGUCGAGAAUCGGCUUGUCACGCUGCUGGACCACGAGAAUUUUGAUCUCAUUAAAUUGCUGCUUCACAACCGACUCAAGAUAGUUUGGUGUACCUUCUUAGCCAGGGCUGAAGAUCAGGAACAGCGGAAGAAGAUAGCCGAAGAGAUGAUGAGUGACCCAAGAUUAGCUCCAAUUUUGGAGCAGCUACAUUCAACGAGAGCAUCUGCAAAGGAGAGGCAGAAGAAUCUGGAGAGAAGUAUCAGGGAUGAGGCUAAGAGGCUCCUCAACAAUGACAGUGCUGGUACUGAUGGUGCGAGAGAUAGUAAGGCAGUUGAUCGGUAUAUCGAAAGUGGAUGGUUGAAAGGCCAGAGGCAGUUGCUUGAUCUUGAUAACCUUUCUUUCCACCAAGGCAGUCUCUUGAUGUCCAACAAAAAAUGUGAACUUCCUCCAGGAUCAUUCAGAACCCCUCAGAGGGGUUAUGAGGAAGUCCAUGUGCCAGCGCUGCGACCUCUGCCAUAUGAAUCUGCAGAGAGGAUCGUGAAGAUAUCUGAUAUGCCAGAGUGGGCCCGACCAGCUUUUGCUGGGAUGACGCAACUUAACAGAGUUCAGAGCAAGGUUUAUGAUACUGCCCUUUACAAACCAGAUAACAUCCUUCUCUGUGCUCCAACGGGUGCUGGGAAAACCAAUGUGGCUGUGCUUACAAUUCUUCAGCAGAUUGGUUUGCAUAUGAAGGAUGGUGAAUUUGAUAAUACAAAGUACAAAAUUGUCUAUGUGGCCCCGAUGAAAGCUUUGGUUGCUGAAGUUGUUGGAAAUUUGUCAGCGCGGCUGAAAGAGUACAAUGUCACUGUUAGUGAGCUUAGUGGAGAUCAGAACCUGACCAAACAACAGAUUGAUGAGACACAGAUAAUUGUCACUACAACUGAGAAAUGGGAUAUUGUCACAAGGAAAUCAAGUGAUAGAAUCUAUACUCAAAUGGUAAAGCUUCUAAUCAUUGAUGAGAUCCAUCUACUCCAUGAUAACAGAGGGCCUGUUCUGGAGAGUAUUGUUUCUAGAACAGUACGGCAGAUUGAAACGACCAAGGAACAUAUCCGCCUAGUUGGCCUCUCUGCAACUCUCCCAAAUUAUGAAGAUAUUGCGGUAUUCUUGCGUGUUCGCUCAGACGGUCUCUUCCAUUUUGAUAACAGUUACCGACCUUGCCCUCUAGCUCAACAGUACAUCGGGAUCACAGCGAAGAAGCCACUGCAGAGGUUUCAGUUGAUGAAUGAGAUUUGUUAUGAGAAGGUUAUGGCUGCUGCUGGUAAGCACCAAGUGCUUAUAUUUGUGCACUCGAGGAAGGAGACAGCGCAAACUGCUCGUGCCAUCAGAGACACUGCGUUGGCUAAUGACGUGUUGCCUCGCUUUCUGAAGGAUGACAGUGCAAGUCAAGAGAUCCUUUGUGCUCAUGCAGAACUUGUCAAAAGUAGUGACCUUAAAGACCUUUUGCCAUAUGGGUUUGCUAUUCAUCAUGCUGGGUUGGCAAGGGUAGACCGUGAACUUGUUGAGAAACUUUUUGUUGAUAAGCAUAUACAGGUCCUUAUUUCGACAGCCACCCUCGCAUGGGGUGUCAAUCUACCUGCGCACACUGUUAUUAUAAAGGGUACCCAGAUUUACAAUUCAGAAAAGGGCGCUUGGACAGAACUAAGUCCACUGGAUGUCAUGCAGAUGCUUGGUCGUGCAGGCAGGCCUCAGUAUGACACACAUGGAGAGGGUAUAAUCUUAACAAGCCACAGUGAAUUGCAAUACUACCUGUCUCUUAUGAAUCAACAGCUGCCUAUUGAGAGUCAGUUUAUAUCCAAACUGGCCGAUCAGUUAAAUGCAGAGAUUGUUUUAGGAACUAUUCAGAAUGCCCAGGAGGCAUGCUCGUGGCUUGGAAUACACUUACCUCUACAUCCGGAGCACCGGAUGCUCCGGAAUCCAACAUUGUAUGGCCUACCUUAA